CUCAAAAGAGCAAAAUGAAUCUCUUUCUUUCCAACUCCCUGCACCGCCGCCCUACGCACCUCAAUCAACCAUGAACACAAAGCUACCUCGUUUAAUUCCACCUUUAUCUUCCAAUUUACUCACCAAAACUUCCCAUCUCUUCAUUCAACCCCACAAAACCACACGUUAUUCAACACAUUCACUCCAAACUCUCCAAAGUUCCCUCAAUACCAACAACCCCAUCAUCACCAAUAUAUGCAAUUCCCUACACAAAGGUGAAAAUUGGGAAUCUUUAACAGAAAAGUUCCAAUCUUUACACUUCACUGCCCCCAAAACUUCCCAUUUCUUCAUUCAACCCCACAAAAAUUCAUAUUCAACACAUUCACUCCAAGUUCUUCAAGAUUCCACCAAUACCAACAACCCCAUCAUCACUUCUAUCUGCAAUUCCUUACGCAAAGGUGAAAAUUGGGAAUCUUUAACCAAAAAGUUCCAGUCUUUUCACUUCACUCCCUCAAUUAUUCAAGAAAUACUCUUACAUCUCAAAGAACCAAUUGAUGCUAAAAAUGCCCUCAAUUUCUUUCAUUGGUCAGCUAAAAAUAGCAAUACUAGACAUGGGGUUUUUAUUUAUUGUGUUAUAAUUCAUAUUCUUGCAAAAUCUAAGCUUGUUAGACAUGCUAAUGCAUUGAUUGAAUCAGCUUUGAGAAAUGAGACAUUAUUUGUUGUUCUUGAUUCUUUAAUUGGGAGUUAUAAGUUAGUCGAUUCGUGUCCGUUUGUGUUUGAUUUGUUUGUGCAAAGUUGUGCUAAGUUGAGAUUGAUAGAUAAGAGUUUGGAUGUUUGUAAAUUGUUGGAUGAAAAUGGAUUUAUGUUAAGUGUCAUUAGUUAUAAUACUUUGCUACAUGUAGUGCAAAAGUCCGAAAAGACUUGUAUGGUUUGGGGUAUAUAUGAGUAUAUGAUUGAGAAAAGGAUAUACCCGAACGAAAUGACAACUAGAAUAAUGAUUAGUGCUUUGUGUAAAGAAGGGAGGUUGCAGAGAUUUUUGGAUGUUGUCGAAAAAAGUCAUGGAAAAAGAUGUCAACAACCCGGGGUUGUUGUGAAUACGUGUUUGAUUUAUGGGAUGAUUGAGGAAGGUAGGAUCGAAGACGGGUUGAGGUUGAUGAAGAGAAUGUUGCAAAAGAAUAUGAUACUCGAUACGAUUUCUUGUUCUUUGGUCGUUCUUGCAAAGGUGAAGACGAGAGAUUUGGAGUCCGCUUGGGGAGUUUACGAUGAAAUGGUUAGGCGGGGUUUUGAAGGGAAUGCACUAGUGUACGAUUCGUUUAUUGGUGCAUAUUGUGAGGAAGAGCGAAUAGAUGAAGCAAUUAAGCUGAUGGGUGAAAUGGAGUGCUUGAAUACAAAACCAUUUGGUGAAACAUUCGAUCAUCUGAUUAAGAGUUGUUCAGAAAUGGGAAGAUUAGAAGAAAGCUUGAAAUUUUGUGAUAAAAUGAUGGCAUAUGGUUUCCUUCCUAGUUGUUUAUCUUUUAACAAACUUGUUGCCAAGCUUUGUGAAAAUGGAAAUGCAAAGUAUGCUGAUCAACUAUUGACUAAACUGAUGGAUAAGGGUUUCGUUCCGGAUCAAAGCAUGUAUACUUACCUCAUUGCUGGUUAUGCCAACGCAUGUGACGUUGAGGGAGCACUUAAGCUUUACUACGAAAUCCAAUAUAGGUCGAUCUCCCCUAAUGCUUCGAUUUUUGAUUCAUUAAUUAUUGCUUUGUGUCAACGUGGAAGAUUGAAAGAAGCGGACGAGUUUCUAUCUUUAAUGAUUGGUCAAUCCUUGAAACCGGGCAUUCAUGUUUAUAAGAAAUUGAUCGCAAGCCACUUGGAGAGGGGCGAUGAAACACGGGCUCAUCACCUGUACCGACAAAGACGUACAGAGAUUGACAACAUACGGUGUUUUUUUCUCCCUUAAUUGGUGGAAAAAAGAAGCUGGAGCGCAAAGAACUUGAUGCAAGCUGGCAUUAUUCCUUCACUGUUUAAGCUGUCUUCACACUCCUGUUACAGGUAUUUUAUUAUUAACAAAGAUUUUAGAAAUGGAGGCACCCCUGUGUAAACAUCCCAGUUGUAGAAUUGUAGAUGUUGGAGAAAGACGAUAAAAAGCUGCUUCGUUUUCUCUUUCCCUCUGGUUCACUGAGCUAAGCCCAGUCGAUUUUGAAGAGUUUAGUCUGUCUUAUGUAAAACAGAUAGUGGACUAGGUGAAGCUAACUCGUCCUGAUCUCCCACUGAUUCUUUACCCAAGUGGAUCUGGCGGCUUGCUUGAGAGACUACCCUUGACUGGUGUAGAUGUAGUAAGCUUGGAUUGGACAGUUGAUAUGGCUGAUGGAAGGAGACGACUGGGUCCUAAUGUGGCAGUACAAGGGAAUGGCACUAUCAUCAGGUUUUGGAAGGACAAGUGGACAGGAAACUCCAAUAUGCAGGAAGAUUUCCCACCAUUUUCAAUCUAGCCCAGGUUCCCGAUGCUGUCAUUGCAACUUGCAAAGAAGGGACUAACUGGAAUAUCAUGCUUAGAAGCGAUUUGUAUGACUGGGAAUUCUCGGAGUUGCUAAACCUCCUCUCUAUUCUACAGCAAGGCUUCCUUAACCCAUUGGCAGCAGACAGACUUAAAUGGGGGUAAACAGUCUCCCAAGGUCAUUUGUUCCACCUGGACAGUUCUGAAUGAGGCUUGCCUUUGAAUAAUUUGAUGAAAAGGAAAAUUGAGCUACCCAUCAGGUGUUAUGUGUAUAAAAGAAGCUGAAAAUCCUGGCCAUCUUUUUCUACAUUGUGAAGUUGCCUCUGAUUUGUGGAGCAUGUUUAUGUGCAUUUCUGGACUCAAAUGGGUCAUUCCUCAAUCAGUAAGGGAAGCGUAUAUGUGCUGCUGUUUGUGGAGAGUUGAUAAAUCCAUCAAGAAUAUCUGGAGAAUGAUACCUACUUGCAUUUUUGGAGUAUUUGGUUAGAGAGGGCUCGUUUGGUAUGAGGGAUUAGGAUAAAUAAUCUCGGGAUUAUAUUUGAGAUGAGUUUAUCCCACGUUUGGUUGGGAUAAAAUCGCGGUAUAACUGAUUCCGGGAUUAGUUAUCCCGGAAUUGUAGUGUUAUUUUAUCCCUGUGGGAGGGUGGAAUAACUAAUCACAGGAUAAGUUAUCCUGGGGUAACUAGUUUCCAACCAAACGACCUCUAAAUGUAUUGCUAGUUUAUUUAGUUGGUCCACUUUGACCUCAAUAAAUAGUCUUAGAUCAGUCGCUG